UUUUUUUGUCCUUUUUCCUCAAUCGCUGACCCUUCUUUUUUUUGUGUUGAUCCCCUGGAUUGAACAGCAGAAACGAGGACUACGACGACGACGAGGACGACGAUGUCAAAUGUAAUCAGAAGCCGGCCUGCAGCAGCAGCAACAGCUAUGGCGGGCACGAAGAAGAUCGGAGUGCCACGUGGCAGCGGCAGUCCUUUGGCACCUGGAGCAGCUGCUGACGUGUCAGUCCCUUCCCUUCCCCCCUCCGCCGUGAUCCAUAAUAACAGGAGGGUAGGCGAUGACGUGGCAGGCAAUGACUUCAACAAAAAGGGUCCGUCCGGCCGGCCGGUUGCGACAGCCAGCAAGGUCCCCAAGCGAUCUAUGGCCUCCGCCGCCGCAGCUGGAGUGCGCUUGUGGCUUCGCUUUGAUUCUAAUGGUGAGACACGUGUGUUGGAGGCGAACAAGUAUGCGAUCAUGAGGAGGUUCGGGAUCCCGGGUCGGGAUCUGCGAAUCUUGGACCCCUUCCUUGCGUAUCCGUCGACUAUCCUGGGGAGAGAGAAGGCCAUAGUUGUGAACCUUGAACACAUAAAGGCAAUCAUAACGGCAGAGGAGGUGCUGCUGCUGUUAACGAGUGGUAAUGGUGAAGCAAACGGAUCAAACGGAGCGAACGGAGCAAACGGAGCAAACGGAGCAAACGGAGCAAACGGAGCAAAUGGAGCACACGGAGCAAAUGGAGCAAACGGAGUAAAUGGAGGAGGAGGGGUGAUAACAGUGGCAAAGGGUGGGAAGGAGGAGAACAAGUUGGGGAGUUUAAUCCAGGAGCUGAAGCGACGACUGCCAGUGGUCCAAUCAGAAGGAUUUAAUGGGUAUAACUCAAAUGGCAGAUCUGGGGAGAUCAGUGAUGGGGGGACUCCUAGGGCUGUCACAGCAGGAGCAUCACCAUCAGUAGUAGUACUAGGAGAGGGGGGGGUUACACUGUCGUCACUGUCGCCUGCACGAGGAGGAGGAGAGAAGACAGGUGGCAGUGGGUCUGGUGAUGCAGGGGGAGGUCGGGAUGGGAAUGAUCGGGAGGGAUCGGGAUCUGGGGGUGCUGUGAAGAAGGGUGAGGCUACUGGUAGUAUUACUGCAGGUGGGCCAACGGGGAGCGAUGGUGUAUCGCUGCCAGCUAAGCUGCAGAGCACUAACGUAAUGGCGAAGCAUGUGCAAGACAGGAGUGAGAUAGCAGCCGGGGGAUUAUCCCCUUCGCCGUUAGACUCCCCGAGAUCCCCCAGGUCCUAUACGUCCUCCCCACUCGGGUUCACUCACAGGAGGAAUUGGGAGUCUUCCGAAUUGACAAGAGCAGCAGCAGCAGCAGGAGGAGGAGGAGGAGGAUUGCCAUCUUCAUCUGCUCUGGAGUAUGGAUACUUGUCGGAAGACCAUAGUACGGGAGGGGUAGGAGGAGGAGGAGGAGGAGGAGGAGGAGGAGGAGGAGGAGGACCGAGCCUUUUGCCGUUUGAGUUCAGGGCCCUGGAAGUGUGUCUGGAAGCGGUGUGUGGCCAUUUAGAAGCGGAGGUUAAGAAGUUAGAACACACAGCUUAUCCGGCAAUUGAUGAGUUGACGGCGAAUGUGAGUACAAUGAACCUGGAGAGGGUGAGGCAGAUAAAGCAGCGGCACGUCGUCAUCUCAGGCAGGGUGCAAAAGGUGCGAGACGAAAUCGAACAACUGCUUGAUGAUGACGGAGAUAUGGCGUCCAUGUAUCUGACCGACAAGCUGCAUCGAGCGCAGAUGCUCGUGUCGCCCUCCUCCUCCUCCUCCCCAGACAGGCACUUCAGGUCUUCUCCUCCCCCACCUUCCAUUCCUUCUCGUCGAACAGGAAGUGGAGCCGUAGCUGGAGGAGGAGGAGGAGGGCUAGCUGCACCGUCAAGUUAUGUUGUCCAGGGUGUUCGUUUUGCUGAUCAGGAUGACCAGAGAUCCCAACUGUCUGGGAACCAGGGAGGAGGAGGAGGAGCAGGGGGAAGGGCGUCAUCGGUAAGUGAGGAGAGGGGGAGGAGGGAAGGAGGAGGAGGGUGGGGUGGUGUUGCGCCUGCAGCAACGCCUGCUGCAAUGCCUGCUGGGACUGCAGGGCCGGCAGCAAGGGGGGCAGCCGUGGCAUUCCUGCCUUCUGAUUUGACAGGGCCCAACACCUCGCGGAGCAAUCCUGAUGUGGCUUUGCCUGUGCCGGAAAGUGGUGGUGGUGUUCACAGUGGAAGAGUUGGAGGAGGCGGCGGCGAUGGGAGCGAAGGGCCUCUUCGGUCAGCCGCAGGAGGCGGCGGAGGAAGAGGAGGGGGUGGCGCUGUGCGAGCCUCUACGAGCGCCUUUCCUGGUGACUUCACUGUUGCCGCAAAUGGAGUGGGAGAGGGAGGAGGAGGGGUGGUGAGAGGUGUGACAGCAGCAGUAGCAGCAGCAGAAGAAGGAGGAGGAGGAGGAGGAGGGGUAUCGACGAGGUUGGGACUGGCUGGCCCACCUCAGCUCGUGUCAGCAAUGAGGAGAGAGGGGAAUACUGGAGAUAAGAUGGUGGCUGAGGAGGAGGCAGAGGUGAUAGAUGAAGCAGCUGAUGAGGACAAGCAGUCUUCUAGCAGCAGCAGCAGCAGCAGCAGUAGCAGCAGCAGCUCCAAUGGGACCAUCAAACUCGACGUGGAGGAGCUUGAGAUGCUUCUAGAAGCCUAUUUUGUCCAAGUGGACGGCCUUCUCAGCAAGUUGUCCACCUUGAGAGAAUAUGUUGACGACACCGAGGAUUACAUCAACAUCAUGCUCGACGACAAACAAAAUCAUUUGCUGCAGAUGGGUGUGCUUCUCACAACCGCAACCUUCAUGCUCAGUAUGGUAGUUGCCAUAGCUGCUGUGUUUGGCAUGAAUUUGCCCUCUCCGCUGUUUGAAGAGACCAAAGCAGCCAGAAGGUCUUUUUACGCUAUUGUUUUGGGGUCCACUCUAGCAGCCGUAAUUGCCUAUUUUAUUGUGAUUGGUUAUCUUAGAGUAAAGAGGCUCAUAGUGUAACCUACUAAGGCUUUCGGCUUUAGGGGGGAAAAAAAGAAAAAGAGGAAUAGAGGUAUCUUCUUUACUC